GCAGGGAUUCAAUGAGUACCGCCAAUAAUAAUACUACUAAUAAUAAAACUGUUGAAAGAGGAGUUUAAGAUUGAACUCCCUUGGACUGCAACUUAGUGACAAUUAAAUCACCACAAUCUCUUAACGUGAUGAGACAAUGGGCUGUGGUGCAUCAAAAGAGACACCGAGUACAAGUAAUGUGAAAGAAUUUUCACAAAAAACAAAAGAAAAUGAGGAAGAAAAGGACCGGAAAGUAGUCAAAUACACUUCUGAUGUAGAAAAAGUAGAAAAAAGCUUUGAAGGUAAAAUAGGAGCCCUAGAUGGUAUGGAGAAAAUAGCAAAGAAUGAUUACAAUGAAGAUACUAAAUUUACAGGGGAGUUAUCAAAGAAGGGUAUUGAAGAUAACAAAUAUACCGGUACAGAAGAAUCAUCAAAUAAGAACAUUAAAAAUGAAGACAACAAACUAGGCACAGAGGACAAAAUAGAGACAAAUAAUGAGGUUAUAGACAAAACAAACAAACCAAAGGCAGAUAAAGAUGUCUUAGAUAAUAAUGAAAAGCCACAGGAAGAUGGUGCUAGUGAAACUGAAUACUAUAAAAAUGUCACGGGGAUAAUGGAAAGAACAAUAGAUUGCAGACGUCAUUUUAAAGAUGACGAUCCUGCAAAACGUCCAAACGCUAGUUCAGAUGAUCUAUUUAUCGACACUUCUUUUCUUCUUAAUCUACCCAGUGGUGUCAAAUAUCAAAACAUGAAAUGGAAAAGACCAAAGGAAUUCAGGACUGACCCAGUACUGACCAUGAAUGGCACUUCACGUGCUGGUGUAGGUCAAGGAUCUGUUGGUAACUGUUGGUUUAUGUCUGUACUGGCCAAUAUUGCUGAUAAUAAAGAAUUCAUGAAACAGAUCCUCCCAGAAACUGCUUACUUCAUUGAAGAUCCACACAAAUACGACGGAAUCUUCCAUGCACGUUUCUUCAGUUUUGGCCAAUGGCGAGAUGUUUAUGUUGACGAUAUUUUACCAAUCUCUGAACAAGGGACUUUGGUUGGCGCCAUGUCCAAAACCAAUGAAAAUGAAAUGUGGGUUUCAUUGGUAGAAAAAGCCUUUGCAAAGUUACAUGGUUCAUAUGAAGCGAUCUGUAAUGGGCUUUGCAAAGAUGCCUACCUCCAGUUGACUAGUGGUAUCGGAGAAAUAAUGGAGCAUCAGAAAAUGACAAACAAGGACUUCGAUGCCUUUUAUGCUCGCAUUAAGAAUGCACUAUUGUUUAAUCAUCAGGUUACAGCAGGUACCUCGGUAAGAUUUGGAAAUGUUGUAGGAUAUUCCUCUUUAAAAGCUGAUGGUAUCAGUUCUGAUAAUUUAAAACGCCUGGAAGAAUACGUCAAGAACAGAAUUACCAAAACUAGAAUACUAGAAUGCAACAAAGUUUUGAAGGACAUCAACGAAUCUCUACCAGCCUUUGAUGAAGAAAAUGUAGACGUCAAAGGUUUAACAGGAAGACAUGCUUAUUCUGUUGUCAGUGUACAUGAGAUCAACGGCGAAAAACUUGUACAGGUUCGAAAUCCAUGGGGUCACAUUGAUUGGACGGGAGCUUGGUCUGAAGGAUCAUUAAACAGCAACAACCAAUAUCCACCAUAA